UUUGCCUGCAGACGCACGCCAGGCACGAGGCUCCUCACUCCUCCCCUCUCCGACUCUGCCUUUUUUUUUCUCUCUUGCUGGGCUCUCAUCCAGAGAUUGACUGAGUCCAGGAGGAGAAGACGCACUAUAGCAGCCUGCCUUCCAGGCAAAUGAAAUAGGAUCUUAUUGAUCACCUGUUUGGGAUUCUUUUUCUCCGAGACCGGAAAGAGACAAACGGAAGGACAAACAUCUGGGGCGUUGAGGUAACGACUGGACCUCUCUUCUCCCUGGUUACCAAGAAUAAUAGCCAGAUCGUUAUCCCGCUUGUGGGUGGAUGCUGCUUCCAACAGACUGUUAAGGAGAGCCUGUUUGGAGGCAAAGCAAACUGUGACGACGACCCAGAAACGGACCGCCACCUAGACUCCUUUUGGACCGUUUUUAUGCCCAUGGUCCCCCAAUGACACUUUUACUUCGGGAAAGGAAAAGGAAAAAGUGAGAUCAGUCUUUUCGCUGCCGCUCGGGCAGUUCUUUGUUGAUAAUGAUGGAAGACCGCUCGAGGAGCCGCUUUUUGGCGCUGAUGAUGAUGUAUUUGGUCCGGAGCACUGUCGAGACAGCCGCCAGCGUUUACCCAAGAAUACGCCUCUCACACGAAGAGCUCUGGCAGCUGAACAGGACCUGGCUGUUCCAGGGCCACGGAGUGCCCAUCCAACCCCAGACCAUGCUGCUGGACGAGGGCCACAAGAGGCUUUAUGUGGGGGCCAAGAAUACUCUGUUCUCCCUCAGCCUGGACCAGGUGAACACGAACCAUGACGAGAUCCAAUGGGCCAGUACUGAACCUCAGAUAGAAGAAUGCUUGAUGAAGGGAAGGGAAAAAAUGGAAUGUGCAAAUUACAUCAAGGUCUUGCAGCAGUACAACCAGACCCACCUCCUGGUGUGCGGAACAGGGGCCUUUAACCCCAUGUGUGCCUUGGUCCAAGUGGGGAACGCCGGGAAGGACACGCUGUUUGCGCUUAAAGAAGAGAGCGUCACGAGUGGCCGAGGACGAUGUCCAUUUGACCCCGACAGCCCGUGUACGUCCGCCAUCUCAGGAGGAGAGAUGUUUGUUGGCCUUUACACCGACUAUUGGGAGAACGACGCCGCCUUGUGCCGCCUCAACAACCGCACCUACACACGCACCGAGAGAGACGACAGGCAGCAACUCAACGAAGCCAGAUUCGUGGGCUCGGAAGUCAUCCCUGACAACGACGACAAAGACGACGACAAGGUUUACUUCUUCUUCACCGAACGCGAGGUGGAUGCCGACGGGAUGAAAAAGGCCGUCUACACCCGCGUCGGUCGGGUCUGCUCUAACGACCAAGGAGGACAGAGGAUGCUGGUCAACAGAUGGAGCUCUUUUCUAAAAACCCGCCUCGUCUGCUCCGUGGCUGGACCCGACGGACUCGACACACACUUUGAUUUACUCGAGGACGUCUACGUUCUGACGAACAAAGACAAGAAAUCCCCAGAAAUCUUUGGUCUCUUCAGCACAACAAGUGCGGUGUUUAAAGGCUACGCGGUGUGUGUCUACCACAUGGACGACGUCAGAGCGGCGUUCAACGGUCCCUUCGCCUUCCGAGAAAGACCCGAGCAUCACUGGAUGCCCUCCGAGGACAGGGUUCCUUACCCCCGACCCGGAUCUUGUGCCAGCAAAGUGAGCGGCGGCGGCUUCUCCAGCUCCAAAGAGUUUCCAGAUGAAGUUCUGCGCUUCGUGCGCGCUCACCCCGUCAUGUACCGCUCCGUCGGACCGCAACACCAAAGACCCGUCUUCCUGCAGACGGAGAGAGGCGGCAGGAAGUUGACCCAGAUUGCCGUUGACAGGGUCCAAGCCCAGGAUGGACACUACCAUGUCCUCUACAUCGGCACAGAUGACUCGGCGGUGCUGAAAGUGAUCACCAUUUACAACCAAGAAACUGACACCAUGGAGGAGGUUCUCCUGGAGGAGCUGCAAGUAUUUAGGGUUCCAACUGCAAUAAAAGAGAUCAUCAUAUCUCCCAAAAGGCAACACCUGUACGUGGGUUCAGACGUGGGCGUGGCCCAGGUCAAGGUGCACCAGUGUGACCUGUAUGGCGCGGAAUGUGCCGACUGCUGCCUGGCCAGAGACCCCUACUGUGCCUGGGACGGCCUCACCUGCUCCAGAUACUACCCGGCUGGAGUCUACACCAAGAGCAGACGAUUUAGGCGACAGGAUGUUCGCCAUGGCAACGCCGUCCAGCUGUGCAACGGGCUGCAAAUCGAUGACGAACAAUGGCACAACGCUGAGGAGAAAACGGUGUUUGGCGUGGAGGGGAACAGCACUUUACUCAAAUGUGUGCCUCGGUCGCUCCAGGCCAAGGUCCUCUGGUUCUUUCAAAAAGGCGAAGAGAAACAAGAGAUCCAUGCUGACGAGCGAGUCAUCUCCACCUCCCAUGGGCUGCUUCUGUUAAGCGUGAAAAGCUCGGACGCCGGCGUGUACGUCUGCCAGACCGUGGAACACGGAUAUGUGCACACCUUAUUGCGCGUUGGCCUUCAUGUACUGAGAGAAGAGACGCUGGAGUCGGCCAUCCAAGGAAGCAAAGCCGGAUCGUCCUGCCCGCCCCAGGGGGUCCCUGGCCUCACCCCCAGGACUCUGGUUCCACCCUCCUCCAACUCCAAGCAGUGGUACAAAGAGUUCCUCCAGCUGAUUGGGUACAGGGAUGCCCAGAAAGUGGAGGAGUACUGCGAGAGGGUGUGGUGCCCUGACAGGAAACGCAAAAAGACCAAAAGGAAGUUUGUUGCUUCGAGUGGCGAGAAGCGAGGCAAAGGGAGGGGAGAGGAAGGGUCCCAUCGAGCCCCCAGGCACACCUGAGAACACUCGUCAAUCUAUUCUUGAAAGAAUAAGUAGGCUAUUGUACAAAAAAAUGUAAAUAGGGGGGUAUUUAAAAAAAAAUGCAAGUAAUACGCCCUAAAUCAUGACAUGAGGAUGUUUUAUCUCAGAGGUGCAAACUUUUUAAGUUCUAGUCACAUAGGCUUUGGUCACUGGACCAUUUUGGACAUGAAGUUAAGUUAAAGUACCGAUGAUUGUCACACACACACACUAGGUGUGGCUAAAUUAUUCUCUGCAUUCGACCCAUCACCCUUGAUCACUUCCCCUGGGAGGUGAGGGGAGCAGUGAGCAGCAGCAGUGGCCGCACCCGGGAAUCAUUUUUGGUGAUUUAACCCCUAAUUCCAACCCUUGAUGCUGAGUGCCAACCAGGGAGGUAAUGGCUCCCAUUUUUUUUAUAGUCUUUGGUAUGACUCUGCCGGGGUUUGAACUCACAACCUACCCACCUAUCUCAGGGCGGACACUCUAACCACGAGUUUACUGAGUAGGUUAAACACACACACACACACACACACACACACACACACACACACACACACUUUUUAACAAAAAAACAAGCACACACAAACACACACACACACACACUUUUUAACACACAAACAAACACACACAAACAUAAACACAUACAAAAAUAAACUCACACAAACAAACACACACACAGUAACAUAUAUAAACAUAAACACACACACAAACAUGAACACACACAAACAUAAACACAAAAACAUAAAAAUAAAACACACACACAAACACAAACACAGAAACAAAGAGACACACAAACAAUUAUACAAACAUAAAAAUACACAAAAACACACACACACACUAACAUACAUAAACAUAAACACACACACACAAACAUAAACAGAUUAACACAAACAUAAACACAAACAUAAACAUACAAACAUCAACACACAAACAUCAACAAACACAUAAACACACACAAAAAGAUAAACAUGAAACAAACACAAACACACAAACAAACACACACAAAAAUACACACACAGACAUAAACUCACACACAACCAUACACAAACUUUCAUACACAGAUAUUAACACACACACAAAACACACACAAACAUACACACGCACAAACAUAAACCAAAACAUAAACACACACGGUAACAAACAUAUGCACAAACCCACACGAACAUGAACACACACAAACAUAAACACAAACAAACACACACACACACACACAAACUUAAACACGCAAACAUCGACAAAAACAUAAACACACACAGAAACAAACACAUGCACAAACACACACACAGACACACACACACACACACAAGGACAAAAACAAACACACACACAAACAUAAACACACACAAACACACACGCAAACAUAAACACAGACAAACACACACAAACACACACAUUAACACAUACCAAAAAACACACACACACACACACACACACACACACACACACACACACACAAACCAAAACAAGGACAUGGAAUUUGACGAGGCUUUAAAAUGCAGCACUUGCCCCCGUUUGGAGUCCCGAGUGACGGCAUGAUGUAAAGUGUGCAACACAACAAGAACACAAAGAAGCAGGUUGUUUGUGUAUAAGAACACAAACCCUACAACACGGGUCCUGCGUGGAUGCGGGUGAGUGAGUGGGUGUUGAUGAGGCCAUUGAUCCGUGGAAAAGGAAACACUGUAAACAGCAGCGCCUGUGGACGCCUGUGGACUCCUUUGGGCUCCUGUGGGCUCCUCUGGGCCCACCUGGUCAAUCCACUGUCCUGGUGCUGUGAACACUGCAUGUGUAUCUCACUGGACAGAAACUAACAUGUGCUACAUAUUAUUAUUGUUAUUAUUAUUAUUAUUAUUAUUGCAAUGCCGGUGUAUGAUGAUAACUUAUUCCCUUGUUUUUAUUUCGAUGUCAUGAACUGGAAAAUGUCAUUCUGUGUUUGUUUUGCUUCUGAUCCUCGAGUUUGAGUUAUGUGUACAGUAAGUCCACAGCCCGUACAGUACAACCACUAUUAGAAAAUAUAUACGUCAGAAACAUGAUUUUUUUUUUUGUAUUAUAUGUCCUGAUCGCAGUGGAAAUAAAGCACUUGUAAAAA